AUGGCGUUUUGGGUGGUUGGCGGGGAGGCAAGCCCAUUGUCCCAGUGCAACGGCCACGCCUUCAGUCCCGAUCUCUACGUUGUGGGUGGCAAAAGGAGGAUUGGUCAUACUGAUGAGGAUGCUUUUUACGACGACUAUCCCUACGCACACGACGAGACGCCUCCGCACAAGAGAACCCGGAUAUCGCAUCUUGCCCCAGGCGCACACCGCAAUUGCUCACCGAGGGGUUCGGUGCCUGUCCAGAACCUGUCUUUUCUGGUCAUUCGAGAGCAAGCGUCGCCGUCACCCGACCCAGCCGACGCCGAUGUCAGCUCAUCGCAAAUGGAGCGAACCGCCUCCGGCCUCUCCAUUUCCUCAGACACAAACAUUUACAGCGCCCAAAACGACGAUGAUCUGACGCUUCUGGACGACGACGCCGCGGCGAGACUGGUUGAAGAUCGACUGCACCUAGGCCGGCGACGUACGAAGGACACCCAGCAUGAGAGAAUCCUGCGGUCCCUCAUCCGCCCACGAUCCCGGGAUGCCGAAUUUUCCAUUGACAACGCUGCUUUGGAGAGCAUUUUCUCUGCCGCCAAUGAAAUCUUCUUCCACAACAGCUUGUCGCAACGCGUCACAUGGGACUGGUCUCAUGCAUCUAGCGCUCAGUAUAAGGAUCACAUCAUCGGCACUACGGCUCUUCGACGUUCUAAAAUGGGAGGCUUUGAGACUCUCAUCGUUCUAUCUAACCCAAUCCUCAAGAACAAACAGUACAACCGGCGGCUGCUCAUUUCUACGUUUUUGCACGAGCUCAUCCACAGCUAUCUCUUUAUCAAAUGCGGUGUCAAAGCUCGCGAAUGCGGAGGCCACACGGCGGGUUUUCGAAGGAUCGCCGAGCUCAUAGAUCUCUGGGCAGGCUCAGACAACUUGCACCUCCGAGAUAUGGAAGCCGACCUGGACCACUUUCGGGAAGAUCAAGAUUACUUCCCAGCUGACGACAUGAAUUCCAUGAACACAACAUUCAGGGCCGUGUUUCCCGAGGUCCAUGGACACCUUAGCCCUCACCAUCAUACACACUACGAACACCAAUAUCACGAGCGAUCUCGAUAUCAAUCCCAAGAACGAUGGGACUAUUGCAUCAACGACCACCGCGAAUACUUCCCGGCCAGUCGGGGCAGCAGUCCCACCUCCCCAAUUCCUACGACAACUGAGGAGGACUCGGAAGAUGUGGAUCCUUUGGAGGAAGGCGAGAUACGCGAGCGACGUGGCCGACGCUUAUGCCCAGAUGACUACGUGCCCAGCAGGCGCCUAUUUCAUAUGACGGGCGAUGGGCCUGUCCCGACGACCGGAGAGGGAUCGUUGUAA